AUGACCACACUCCCAGGGGGGCCCCCGCUCCGGUUCCCGCAGCCCUCGGUCAGCGGCCUCUCGCAGAUCACCCGCAGCCUGUAUAUCAGCAACGGGGCGGCCGCCAGCGACAAGCGCCUGCUCUCCCGGAGCGGCAUCACCUCGGUCGUCAACGUCUCCACGGAGGUGGCGAGCGCCCCGCACGAGGACGUCCAGUACGUGCAGGUGCCUGUGGCCGACACGCCCACGUCGCCCCUCUGCGACUUCUUCGACCCCAUCGCCGACCACAUCCACGCCGUGGAGGCCAGGCAGGGCCGCACGCUGCUGCACUGCGUCGCCGGCGUGAGCCGCUCGGCCGCCCUGUGCCUGGCCUACCUCAUGAAGUACCACGCCAUGUCCCUGCGGGACGCCCACGCCUGGGCCCGGGCCUGCCGGCCCAUCAUCCGGCCCAACAGCGGCUUCUGGGAGCAGCUCAUCCGCUACGAGUUCCAGCUGUCCGGCCAGAACACCGUGCGCAUGGUCAGCUCCCCGCUGGGGAGCAUCCCCGACGUCUACGAGGAGGAGGUUCGUUUAAUGAUUCCACUGUGA